GGUCACUGUUAUUAUUCUUUUAGUUGGCAGUGAGUGUCAGUACGAGCGCGGUUUGUGGACGUGAAGCACUUGAAAAGUACGGAUGCCCAGAUAUUGCAAUAUCUGAGAUCCGUUACGGGGAAUUGACGGAGCGCGAUCGACGGAAAAUUUUAAAAGGUGCUUAAAAUAGAAUCAGAACUGUGACCCUGAAGUAUCACGCCAUCUCGUUACUCAUUUGAUGCAAUCGAGGCUGAUGACUAACUGAGAGCUGUGGUUGCAAAGAAAAUCGACUGAAAAGACUUGAAAUUGACGGAACCUCAAGCAUAGUGCAUGAUGCAGAGGCAAAAUCUAGCAACUGCAUCCUUAGAUGAUACAAGAGAGAAACAAAGGGAGAAAAAAAGGGAGAAACAAAGGGCUUUUCAAGACGCCGUGAACAGAAAAGAUCGUGAAGAAGUUCAUCGACUACUGAGUAUCGGUAUGGAUAUUAACGCACUGAACGAAGCCGGCGAUACUCCAUUGCAUCAGUGUAUACGGGAUGGUAGAGUUGAUUCUGCAAAGCUACUGGUUGAGUUCGGUGCUGACAUCAGAAGAACGAAUCGCGAUGGUUGGUCCCCAGUCCACCUAGCAACCACUCUCGGUCAAAGAGAUCUGGUGAUGUUCUUGCUGGACAAAUAGGUCAUCAUGGAUGAAGCUUGGAGCAAGUGGAAUUGUUUUUGCAUGUACACACUCUUAAGUUAAAUAUAUCCGCAAGAACAAUGUGAAAUUCUACAUUUUGAUUUGCUGCGCAGAACUAUGAACAAUGUUGCAAGCGCAUGUAACAACAAAGAAAGCAAAUUAUUUGCUUGGCACCAUGUACAGAUGACAUAAUUACCCAUAACAGCUCGUGGCUUGAAUGCCAAUGACACCUCAAUAAAGUUUAUAAUAAUCUGAUUGUAUUAUCACCAAAAUAUAUUAUCACUA